UCACAAGUAACAUGACGUUGGCUAUUUUGUAUGAACACACGGCCCAAAUCGUUCAUAUUCUAAAAGGUAUAAUACAUUUCGAGAUAUUUUGCUUCGGUUGCAAGAUUUUCACAACACAUUGAGUCAUUGACAGCGAUAUGAGAAAAUGUAACAAUCUCUCUAAUAAGAAAGGAGAAUCUUAUAAUUUAACAUAAAAAUAAAUAUAAUAUUCGAGGAUAAUACUAUAACAAGAAAGAGAAGACUUAUAUGAUGAUGGGCAAAUUGUAUAUUCAACUAUAAGGACUUAAGGAGACGCCACAUAAAGCAGAAAGAGUUUAGAAGAAAACGUUUGUUGACCAAUGACUUGAUGACUCAGUAGCAUGUGAACAUAAAAAGAGACGUGCAAGAAUCUCAUUGGCUGCAGAUAACAUCUAUUUUUGCUUCACUACCUCAACUUCUCUAUAUAAUGAAGUAAACACCCCCAAUGGUCUCUUUAACUUAAGUGUUUCUGUUUAACUCCUUGAGAGAAAAUAACUUUUAAACUUUAGCUUCUAAGAGAUAUUCAGGAUGACCGGAGGAGGAUUUGCGACUUCGGCGAACGGAGUAGAGUUUGAGGCAAAGAUAACUCCAAUAGUCAUCAUAUCUUGCAUCAUGGCUGCUACCGGCGGCCUCAUGUUUGGUUACGACGUCGGUGUCUCCGGCGGAGUGACAUCGAUGCCGGACUUUCUCGAAAAGUUUUUUCCCGUGGUUUAUCGGAAAGUAGUAGCUGGCGCCGACAAAGACAGCAACUACUGCAAAUACGACAACCAAGGACUACAACUUUUCACAUCAUCUUUAUACUUAGCCGGUCUAACCGCAACGUUCUUUGCUUCAUACACGACAAGAACGCUCGGAAGGAGGCUAACUAUGCUCAUAGCCGGCGUUUUCUUCAUCAUAGGUGUGGCUCUCAACGCGGGGGCUCAAGACCUAGCCAUGCUUAUUGCAGGCAGGAUAUUGCUUGGUUGUGGAGUUGGGUUCGCUAAUCAAGCCGUUCCGUUGUUCUUGUCGGAGAUUGCACCUACUAGGAUCCGUGGUGGUCUUAAUAUUCUCUUUCAGCUUAACGUCACUAUUGGUAUCCUCUUCGCCAAUCUUGUCAACUAUGGGACCGCCAAGAUUAAAGGAGGUUGGGGAUGGAGGUUAUCGUUAGGUUUGGCGGGAAUUCCCGCGCUUCUUCUAACGGUCGGAGCUUUAUUGGUGACAGAGACACCAAACAGUUUAGUCGAAAGAGGUCGUCUCGAUGAAGGUAAAGCUGUUCUUCGUCGUAUUCGAGGGACCGAUAAUGUUGAACCAGAGUUCGCUGAUCUCCUUGAAGCUAGUCGACUUGCUAAAGAAGUUAAACACCCUUUUAGAAACCUUCUUCAACGUAGAAACCGUCCUCAGCUCGUCAUCGCCGUCGCUUUACAGAUUUUCCAGCAAUGUACUGGAAUCAACGCGAUUAUGUUCUACGCGCCUGUUCUGUUCAGCACAUUAGGGUUUGGUAGUGACGCUUCACUUUACUCAGCAGUGGUGACCGGAGCAGUCAACGUCCUCUCAACUUUAGUCUCAAUCUACUCCGUUGACAAAGUCGGUCGCCGAGUUCUUCUCCUAGAAGCUGGUGUCCAAAUGUUCUUCUCUCAAGUCGUAAUCGCCAUUAUCCUUGGCGUCAAAGUAACAGACACUUCUACAAAUCUCUCCAAAGGUUUCGCAAUUCUAGUCGUGGUAAUGAUCUGCACAUACGUCGCUGCUUUCGCCUGGUCUUGGGGACCGCUCGGGUGGUUAAUCCCUAGUGAGACAUUCCCUCUAGAGACACGUUCCGCGGGACAAAGUGUAACGGUCUGCGUUAACUUGCUCUUCACGUUCAUUAUCGCUCAAGCUUUCCUCUCUAUGCUUUGCCAUUUCAAGUUUGGGAUAUUCAUCUUCUUUUCUGCAUGGGUUUUGAUUAUGUCUGUCUUUGUGAUGUUCCUACUUCCGGAGACUAAGAAUAUUCCUAUCGAGGAGAUGACUGAGAGAGUUUGGAAGAAGCAUUGGUUCUGGGCUAGGUUCAUGGAUGAUCAUAAUGAUCACGAGUUCGUGAAUGGUGAGAAGAGUAAUGGUAAAUCUAAUGGCUUUGAUCCUUCAACACGGCUUUAAAGUGGUUUAAGAGUCCCUAACCAAAGUAGAAGCAGAAGAGAGUGAACAAGAGGUGGUAAACACACCAAAGUAGAGAAGGGAAAUACAGUUUUCAAUUCUAUACAGUGUACUAAAUUUCGUUACUUUAAGUUUGAACUGCGUUUGUGAAUAAGUGAAGUUUUUUUUUUUGCUUUGUUGUGGUUCUUAAUGUCAUCCCUGAGUUCCAAUUUUCUACAAGUGUGACAUGUAUAUGUCAAACUCUAAAUUUGCAUUGUCGAUUUUCUCUUAAAAAUGAUGGUAGCCUAUGUUAAUGGGCCAAAUAUAGGUUUGUUAUGGGCCUAUAAUGGACUGUAUAAUUAUUUUUGUUGGUCUCAAAUUGCUUAAAAAUAUAGACUAGUUUUGAAGUUAUACAGUCUACUCUCUACUAAAACCAGCAGUGAUCAAAUUGCAUAAAAUGUUGUUAUAAAAGUUUAC